AUGGGCGGCUUUGCCUGCAGUGGGAAGAUGGCCAAGUCUGCUUGUGAUGGCAUAGUUCUUGGAGCAGAUACAAGAGCAACUGAAGGGAUGGUUGUUGCUGACAAGAACUGUUCAAAAAUUCACUUCAUAGCCCCUAAUAUUUACUGUUGUGGUGCUGGGACAGCUGCAGACACAGACAUGACAACCCAGCUCAUCUCUUCCAACUUGGAGCUCCACUCCCUCACCACUGGGCGCCUUCCCAGAGUUGUGACUGCCAAUCGGAUGCUGAAGCAGAUGCUUUUCAGGUAUCAAGGUUACAUUGGUGCGGCCCUAGUUUUAGGAGGAAUAGAUGUUACCGGACCUCACCUCUACAGCAUCUAUCCUCAUGGAUCAACUGAUAAGUUACCUUAUGUCACCAUGGGUUCUGGCUCCUUAGCAGCAAUGGCCGUGUUUGAAGAUAAAUUUAGGCCAGAUAUGGAGGAGGAAGAGGCUAAGAAGUUGGUGAGUGAAGCCAUUGCAGCUGGCAUCUUCAAUGACUUGGGGUCUGGGAGCAACAUUGACCUGUGUGUCAUCAGCAAGAACAAGCUCGACUUUCUUCACCCAUUCUCAGUGCCCAACAAGAAGGGGACUAGGUUUGGCCGGUACAGGUGUGAGAAGGGGACCACUGCAGUCCUGUCUGAGAAAGUCACCACUUUGGAGAUUGAGGUGCUGGAGGAGACUGUCCAAACAAUGGACACUUCCUGAAAUGUCAGCAGGUGCUGGAUGCUGCCUUAGAAGAGUGGGGGGCAGUGGAGCUCUGUGGAAGAUACUCAUUUAGCUGUUUGCUGAAUGGAGCUCAAUAAAAAUGAAAACUACAGUGAGGAGUUGA